AUGGCCCUUCAGGCGGGCGGCGGCGGCGGGAACAGUAUCCAGAGAUACCUCUCUGAGGGUCCCCGCAGUUCCGAGGCUGAGCGCUGGCGUUUCCGCAGCUGCGCCUCCCGAGAGGCCGAGGGGCCCCGGGCGCCUUGCAGCCGCUUGCACCGGCUGUGCCGGGGGUGGCUGCGGCCCGAGCGGAGCAGCAAAGUCCAGAUGCUGGACCUUAGUGGUGCUGGAGCAGCUGCUGGUCCUGCUGCCCCCGGAAAGGGGCGGCAGGUGAGAAGAGUUAACCGUGAAGGAUGCAUUGUGUUUAGCAGCCUCUGUGGUCCAGUGGAGAACAAGAAGCAGGAGAGGUUAAUGCUGCUUCAAACAUUAAACUGUGAAAUUGAAGUGAUGUUUGACCAUCAAAGGAAUCCAAAAACACAAGAAAGAAGCCUCUCAGAAGGUGGAGAGGAAAAGAUCUCCACAUCUCAUUCCUUUUCUCUUAUUUUACCUAAGAAUCUUUUUAGGAAACACAAACCACAUUCCGUUGUAAAAUUGGGGAAAGUUUCCAGUCUGAACAGAAAGACUAAAAUAUGCACAACAUAUGGAAAUAACUUUAGUAGUAAGACUAGCCUUAACGGCCAUCAAAGGAUCCACAUAAGGGAGAGAAUCUACAAAUGCCUGGAUUAUGGAAAGAGCUUUUUUGACAAUAAAGUCCUUACUCAUCAACAGUGGAUUCAUACAGGGGAUAAACUGUAUAAAUGCUUGGAGUGUGGAAAAAGUUUCCAUUUCAAGAGUAAUAAAAAUCGCCAUGAGAAGAUCCACAGAGGGGAGAAAAAACAUAGCUGCAGGGAGUGUGGAAAGAGAUUCUUUGAAAACAGAGAGCUUACUAUCCAUCAAAAGAACCAUACAGGGGAGAGACCAUAUAAAUGCCUAGAGUGUAGAAAGAGCUUUUUUGACAAGGUACUUACCCAUCACCAAAGGAUUCAUACAGGGGAUAAACCAUAUAAAAGCUUGGAUUGUGGAAAGUGUUUUAUUGAGAAAGGAAAACUUAAUUCCCAUAAAAGGAAAGAAAAUCUUACUAAUCAUGAAAGAAUCCAUACAGGAGAGAAACCAUAUAAAUGCACAGAGUGUGGGAAAAACUUUCGUAGCAAGCCUAGUCUUAAUUGCCAUCAAAGGAACCAUAUGGUUGAGAAACCAUAUAGUUGUGAGGAAUGUGGAAAGGUCUUUGAUUUAAUAGGAAAACUUAAUUCUCAUAAAAGGAUUCACAUAGGAGAGGAAUGCACAGAGUGUGGAAAGAGCUUCAGUACAAACUCUAAUCUGGCUCGACACUUAAAGAUUCGCACAUGGGAUAAACCAUACAAAUGCAUAGAAUUCACACGGGAUAAACCAUAUAAAUGUAUGGAGUGUGGAAAGAGCUUUUUUGAGAAUAAAGUGCUUACUUGUCACCAAAAAAUCCACACAGGGAAUAAACCAUUUAAAUGCAUAGAGUGCGGAAAUAACUUCAUUCAGAUAGGACGACUUAAUUCUCAUAAAAGAAUCCACAUGGGAGAAACCAUAUAA